AUGCCGUACUACAAUCGACUGAUCAUCUAUUUUGAUGGGGCUUCUAAAAGUAAUCCUUAUGGACCAGCUGGUUUUGGAUGGACAUUAUACGAGAUGAAUCGACAGGGAAACCAUGGCAUGCGAAUUGCAAAUGGCCAAGGCUAUUUGGGGUAUCACAUAACAAACAACCAAGCGGAAUAUGAAGGCCUGGAAUCUGCUUUGGCAUACAUAAAGGACAAAGAUAUUGGUUGUACUACUCUCCAUAUCCGUGGAGACUCUGAACUCGUUAUUGAACAAAUCAGUGGAAAGUAUCGAGUUCGCAGCAAAAACCUAAUUGAUCACGUCAAAUCUGUCAAGAGCAAACUCAAAAGCCUUGAAACCAACUUCGACGAUGUGAAAUACAACCGUAUCGACCGUGGCCAAAAUGAAGAAGCCGAUAAACUUGCAAAUGAUGCAAUUGAGCAAUGUGAUUAA